UUAUAUCUAAAAAUGGAGAGUACUUCACCAGUUCCUAUGGUAGGGUUCGGAACAUGGAAAAUGGAAAACACAGAUAAUUUAUACAAAGCUGUUGUAGAAUUAGGGUAUCGUCAUAUUCUCACUGGUCAUUACUACGAAAAUGAAGAUAUGAUUGGACAAGCGCUAACCAAAAUUUUUGAAGAAACUGAUAUCAAGAGGGAAGAUCUGUUUAUAUCAUACAAAUUAUGGGGAACACAAAUGAAAGAUGUAGAAGGGGCCCUUACAAAUUGACUUGAGAAGUUCAAUAUAGACUAUCUUGAUCUUUAUAUGGUUCAUUUCCCUGUUGCAUAUGAAUUAGAUGAAGAAUCUAACCCAAAGCAGGUUAAAAUACCUAUUCAUAAAGUAUGGGAAAAUAUGGAGUUAAUGGUAGAAAAGGGACUCACUAAGCAGAUCGGUGUAUCUAAUUUUAAUGUUCAAUCUUUGUUAGAUAUGAUGACAUAUGCUAAAAUUAUUCCUCAAUUCAAUGAAAUUGAGCUUCAUCCUUAUCUCACUCAAGAGGCAAUGCUAAGAUUUUUAAAGAAAUAUAAAAUAACUCCUAUUGGAUACUGUGCUCUUGGAAGAAGCGAUCCAGAGAAAGGAAUUAAUUGAGAAGAAACCAUUACAGAGAUAGCAACGAAGUAUGGUAAAACAAAUGCACAAAUUGCAAUGAGGUGGGGAAUUCAAAGAGGAUAUCCAGUAAUCUCUAAAAGUUCUAACUUUGAAAGACUAAAGCUAAAUAUUGAUGUUUUUGAUUUUGAACUUACUGAUGAGGAAAUGAAAACAAUUUCAUCAUUGAAUAAAAACGAAAGAGUUGUAAGAGGAGAGAAUUUAGAAAAUUGUCUUUAUGAUGAAAUCUUUGCUUAACUUACCAAAAAACUGUGUCUAAAAUUUCGAAUCCAAAAAAUAAUUUUCAACAUAAAUC